CGCCCGACAUUUGAAGUCGGUCAUCGAUACUAGGAUCGCUGCAAGGUCCUCAUCCUUCACCAAACAUUCUUCUUCACAUGGUCGUAAAAUCGAUGUUGAGAGUCCAUUUAUAGUAACGUUGCCGACGCGGCCUUUCUUUCUUAUGGGCAGAGCCAAGGAACUAUGACCUUAUCAUUAUGAAAGCCAUGCUUUGCUAUAAAAGGUGGGGGUUGAGAAAGAGAGAUAUAUAUACUACGAUGAGGACGAGGUGUGGAAGACAGUAUCGCCAGCCGACUUCAGCAUCGACAACCUAGCUGCUGCACUAUCCUUUCGAGAAUUAUAUAUAUAUUUGGAAAUCUACUUGCACAGAUUUAUUCAAUUAUCAGCUAACCAUGUUGUCCUGGACGAAGAAGCAUCUUGCUUUACUAUUAGCCAUCCCAGCGGUAUUCGCGUCUCCAACCCAUCCCACCUCCCACACAAUUGUUACCAGCGCCCCCCUCCAGCCUAUCGCUGGCCGAAAUGUCUCCGGUUUUAGAAAUGCAGCUUAUUUCGUGAAUUGGGCAAUCUACGAACGUAGCUACUUGCCACAGCAGCUCCCAGCAUCGGAGCUGAGUCACGUUCUAUACGCCUUUGCCAACAUACGCCCAAAUGGCACUGUCUACCUCUCUGAUGAGUGGGCAGACCUACAGAUCCACUGGGAGGGAGACAGCUGGAGUGACACCGGAAGCAAUGUCUACGGAUGCAUUAAGCAGUUGUAUCUCCACAAGAAAAAGAACCGUGCCAUGAAGACGCUGCUCAGCAUUGGUGGCUGGACCUAUUCCGCAAACUUCCGCGUCCCCGCCAGCACUGAGGCCGGACGAAAGGAGUUCGCAUCGUCCGCAGUCAAGUUGGUUGCAGACCUUGGCUUUGACGGAAUCGAUAUCGACUGGGAGUACCCCGCCAACGACGAGGAGGCCAAGAACAUGGUCCUCCUCCUCGCCGCCUGCCGCGAGGCCCUCGAUGCAUAUGCCGCCAAACACGCCCCAGGUUAUCACUUCCUGGUCACCAUUGCCAGCCCCGCCGGACCACAAAACUACAAGAAGAUGCACAUGAAGGAAAUGGACGCCUACCUUGACGCCUGGUACUUAUUAGCUUAUGACUACGCCGGAUCCUGGAGCACUAUUGCAGGCCACCAAGCCAACCUCUUCACAAGCAUCGAUAACCCCGCUACCACCCUCGUCUCCACCGACACGGCCGUUACUGACUACAUCGCCGCCGGUGUAACUGCCAGCAAGAUCGUCCUGGGCAUGCCCAUCUACGGCCGCUCAUUCGAGGCCACCGAGGGUCUCGGCAAGCCAUUCACCGGCAUCGGCGCCGGCACCUGGGAGAAGGGCGUCUGGGACUAUAAUGAACUACCCAGAUCCUCAGCGACCGAAUACCACGAUGACAAGGCUGUCGCGGCGUACAGCUACGAUGCUGCUACCAAGGAGUUCAUCAGCUACGACACGCCGGUGGAGGUUAACGCCAAGUCUGAGUACGUCAAGUCGAAGGGUCUUGGUGGUGCUAUGUUCUGGGAGACUUCUGCGGAUAAGAAGGGUAACAACAGCUUGAUCUCGGCGGCAAAGAACAAGUUGGGGUCGCUCGACCAGAGCCAGAACCUCCUCAAUUACCCCACUAGUGUUUAUGAUAACAUGAAGGCUGGUAUGCCAGGACAGUAAGCGCGGAGUGAAGCAGAAUUUCCCGUGCUGUUCGAUUCGUCGGUACAUGGCAUUGGUUGUUGCAUUUUGUCAUUUCGCUCUGUACAUCCUGUUAGCUGCGUUAGCGUUGCGUAUUUAUGAUUUUGAUAUCCAAUUUGCCAUCCUGUUAGCUGCGUUAGCGUUGCGUAUUUAUGAUUUUGAUAUCCAAUUUGCGAUCUGCAGUUGUCUCGCCGGAUCGACACAAGCGCAUCUUCACCCCAACACUUACAUGCAGUAUCUCGUAACC